UUAUGUGUGUGUCUUUAAAAGGUUUUAAAGAUGGAAGCUGAACCUGAGCAGGUGGAAGAGACUAAAGAGGUGAUGGAGGUCACAGAAGCAUCUUCACAGGAGGACUCUGUACCUGAAAGCAAAUCCAGGGGUCGUGGAGUAAAGGGACGUGGCAGAGGUGGACGGAUGGGCCGAGGAGGUCGUGGUGGGCGAGGAAUGAUGAUGAAAGGGUUCAGGCCUCCGGGUCACGCGAGGGGCAGAGGCCGUGAUGGCUUUACAAAUGGAUUUGGGCCCAUGAGGCGGGGCAUGGGUAGAACGCGGCCUUAUCCGGACAUGCGUGGGCGAAGAGGCGGUCCAAUGGGAAUGUACUUGGGUCCGCCCCCUCCUCCACCGCUCCCACCCAUGCACAUGAGAGGACCUCCACCUCCAAUGCACAGGCAUGGCCCGCAUGGCCCGCCUCCCCCUCCACCGCCAGGACACCCGGGUUUCAGAGGGCGGCCCCCGCACCCGAGGGGGCGGAACAUGAUGCCUCCCGGCCCUCCGCGAUUUUUCCAUCCCCGAGGCUACCACAACGGAUCGGCCCCUCCUCUGCCCCGCCCGCCUCCAGGCAGGGGCCAGCGCUGGCCGGGGCCCCCUGGUGGCCGGAGGUUUUAACAGUUAAAAUCUCGUGCUCCGUAGCGUUAAUGGCCACCGAAAAAUUUGUGUCCAAACAGACUCGCAGGUCCAUUUGCUGUAAAGACACACUACAUUUUUCUGUUACUGUAUCUGAGGAGAAAGCCCCAAAACAUUUAAAAGCGCUCUCACUCUUUUGUAGAGAAAGAAACAUGUUCUUUUAGUUGAUUUUAAGUGUAUUUCAUGAGAAUUUUACUCCUAAGUGUCGUCCAGUGUGCGUGGUGCUAUUCCUGUGAGCCUUAAACAAUCUUUUUCCUUUAUUUGAAAAGAAAGUAAAGUGCAUUUUAGUGAACGAAAAGUUAAGAAAGACUAAACGAGUGACUGAACGUCCACCGUCAUUCCUCAGUAUUUAUGUCUCUUGAUAUAUCUGUACUCCUUGGACCUUUGUUUAAAUGACGUCAGUCCGCUGACAUUUAUCAAACACUUCAUUCACCCCCUUAUAUGUUUUUACGCAUGUGUAGUGCUCAUAAAUUAAUGAUUUAAUACCAUAAAUGUGCAGCUACUUGAAUUCUACUUUAAAGUGAAAGUAUUGCUGUUUGUGUUCAAUGACAUUCUGUUACAACCACAGUUACAUGGAUUUAUUACAUGACAGUAGAGUAGCGCUACAGUUUAUACCUCUUGAAAUGAAUAUUUCCUUGCUUUUCUAUUUCAAAGCCAGGUCUGACAGUAUUUGAUUUAAAAUAGUACAAAUAAGUGUUCUGACGUGUUCUGGCACAUUCACGUGUUGUAACUGAUAAAGUCAUGUGAAGUUGUGGAUGUAAAUUGACAAGAUAACAGCUUUUGACUUAGUUUUGAAAACAAAACGAAAACAAAAUAAAGUUAAGAUCAAAUGACCUCUCUUUUUAUUGUCUAUUCAAACUUAAAAUGUAAUGAACUGCAAUCUCUGAAGAAGAAAAAAAUGGACAACCAUAUGAAGAAAGUAUGUAUUUUUACUAUUUACAUGAGCGCAGAUAUAUUUUAUAAUCAUUGACAGGAGAACAGUCAUGACUGAUGAAUGUUGAUGAUUUGAAUUCACCUUUUCUAAUACUACUCCUAAAGAUUACGGCACAUGUACAUAAAGCUUAUAGUCUAUAGUCUUUUAUCAAGGAAAGUUUAAGCAUAUCUUUUCUAAUUAAAGUGGAGUGGGGCUUUUAAAGUUGUGUGGAGGGCUGAAAAUAAAACCUGAUCAAACCAAGUCCAAGGAUGUACUGAAUAUAGUCUGACCUGCCUGUCUCCCAGAAGCGGCUCCUGAUGAUUUGAAUGUUUCAGAAACAUCUCAUCUUUGAAUCAAAGUUCAGAUUCACACACGACACACUGCUCUCGAAGUGCAUGUAAUGGAUUAACCUCAUAAGAGUAAAUGGGUUUGUUCUCUUGGUAAUUAUAAUGGAACGUUAGAUUAAGAGGAAUAAUCCGGUUUGAUUUAUUACAGUAUUAAGAUCAGUGUCGGAAUGAAUAUUUAAAAUUCAUUGGAAAUCUAUGUUCUGUUAUUUUUAUUUAAAUAAUAUGUUCAUUUUCUCAAUGCUAUAAAUCACACUGACAUUUCACAGAAACAGACUACACAUCAAAUGUUUGGACACACAUGACUGGUUUUUGUUUCUCAUGCUAUUAAAAACGUUUAAUUGAAAGGCUAAAGCUAAAAUUCUUGAAAUUAUUUCAUUGAAAAUAUAAAGUGUACAUAUCACUUUCUUUCAAACAAGACAUUUCUUUCAUGUAUGGAAUAUAGUAGGCCUAUAUGAAUUAGCAAGCAGCACGAGAUGUCUUUCAGUAACUCAUCUCAGGAUGUGUUUCAUGAAGCAGACGUGAAAGAUUGAGCAGUGAUUGACAGUGUGCAGACCUGUGAUCUAGACACAGCGUGACUUUGAAGACGGUCAUGAUUUUCAUGACUAUUUUUCACAUUCUAGAAGGACAGUUAAAUUGAAAUGAUGUAAGGAAGGAAAAAUACAAAAUGAAAACAUAAGGAAUGAGUAGGUGUGUCCAAACGUUUGACGGAUAAUGUCUUUAACCAAACAUUCAUAAGACACGUGAGGUUCUUUCCCUCCAUCUGUGUGUUCUUCUGAUGGAUCAGUGCUGCACUUCUCCUCUGCUGUGCUCUCUGGACUGACUCUUGUUGUCUC